AUGGUGCCUCUGUACAAACGUAGUAUACGCAAUGUAUGGAAACCGUACCGUCGAUUACGUUUAGGUGCAGUAAUUGGAGGUAUUACCGCUCUUAUGCUGUUGUUUUUGCUGUUCUAUCGCUUAUCUCCAGAGGUUCCAGCACCUUCUUUAGUGACUCUUCCCCAGCCUUUAGACGUUGUCCGGACGAAGCCCUUAAUUGACGUUCCAACGUCGAUAGAAUCAGAUGGAGAUGGAGAUAUGGAGAAAGAGACAGAAGAAGCAAUGGAAUCUACAGACUCGAUACCUUCAUCGGAGUUUACGACGCAAGUAUCGCUAGUGUUACGUUUCCUGCUGCCUUUGGUUGCUGGCUUCUGCUUUGGCUUUUUGGGUUCCGUGCCUAUUGCUGGACCUACGUCCGCUAUGGUGUUAAAGCUUGGCAUUCAAGGAAAAUAUACAGCGGGACUGACUAUUGCAAUUGGUGGAGCAAUAUCAGAAGCGACGUAUGCAGGUUUUGCAUUUUGGGGCUUUGGCAGUUUCUUGGCUGGAGCCAAGUUUUUACUGCCACUGUCCAAAGUGCUUGGAGCAAUUAUGUUCACGCUAAUUGGCUUUGUGUUCUUAAAGGCAGACAUGAAACCGUCACUCGAUCCGGACCUUGAAGCUUCAGUGCAAGGACCACAGGGCGAAGUUUGCAAGAAUAUCCUUAUGGGACUUACCAUGUCCGGAAUCAACCCGGCGUUGCUUGCGUCCUAUACUGGUGCUAUUGCAUCAGUGUACGGCACCGGCAUGCUCGAGUUUACGCUAUUCUUGGCUGUCGUGUUUGCGGUUGGUGUUUGCUGCGGCGUUUCAACGUGGUUUUACUUGCUGCUUUCGCUCUUGAAAAAGUACAAGCAGCGCCUGAAAAACCACACUAUUGAUUUAAUAAUGCGUGGGCUGGGCUGCUUCCUGCUUGCACUAGGCAUUUUGUGUGCAAAGUCAUCAUUUGACUAUUUUUUGUCAGCAUCACCAGAGACUAAGUAA